AUGGGCGUGCUACAAGAUGUCAUCGACUCGGUCUUUACGCCCGGAACAAAUCACGGCCUCGAAAAGGCCAUGAACUAUUCUUUCUACGGCCUCUUCCUCACCUUAUUCGGCCUAGGUUUCCUCACAGAUUGGAACAUACACGUCAUUGCCCUCUCUUUCAUCGCUGUCAUGCUCUUCGUCUCUACAAGAUGGUUCAUCGGGGAGUUGGGUAGACAGAAAGAGGCAGAACGCGCGAGAACGGACGACGAGACCGCGAGCGCCAGAACAUCAGCGACCUCUCAUUUUCCGUUACCCUCGGAUUCAGAACUACGCAAACGCUGA